UGCAACAUGGUAUAGUCGUCUGCUCCGUACGAAUCUUCAAUGGUGCGACUGUCACUUGUCCAGUCUCGCUGCAUCAAUCUGAGACAAAUUGUCCCCCAGCUCCCAGAACGCCUGUCAACCCAGACCCAUAUAUACGAGACAGCUGGUACACUGGCCGAUGUAGCAUCCUGGUCUUGUAAUCUCCCUUCCUGGAUAACGAUGUGAUCGAAGUCCACAGCAUCAGCCUCAGCUUCUCAUGAUCAAACUCCAAGAGAAUGGGCUGGAGAAGGCCUUGCCAAUGGAACAGCCUCUGGGUCAUCGAAAGGGGACUUUUAAAUGGGUUCAUCUGUGACAGAGAACCGUGAUGAUGAUGCUGACGCUGGAGCAAGCUGGCAGAGAAGAAGUUUUCUUCCGAAGAGGAUUGGACAAUAUUCUGAAUUAGCUGUGUUGUGAAUCUCAAAAGAACACAGGGCGUGGAUUCAGAAGGAGGUACCUUGCAAAUCUGGAUCAUAUUUUUAUUUGUAUUGAAAUAUCCUGGUCGGGUUGGAAAUUUUACCAACAAUGAAUAUAGGAUGAAAGUGUAUUGUGAUUGUUAACGUUCGCGAAUACAGAAUCUUGUCUAAGAGACCAAUACAUCUACUACUGCUCAACGCUACAAGCAAAAUGUCAGUCCCCGGAGAGCCCGUUGGAACCAAGAUGGGGCUUUUGUCCAUAAAGGGUGCUGCUACAGCCAUUACGUUUUUCUUAGGACUAGGAAUGUUUCUUAUGGCCUUUGCUUCCACGGAAUGGCUUGGUUUGGAAGGAGGUAUUUCUAUUUCCUUGUGGAAGAGCUGUUCCAAGGACUACAAGACUCAGGUGUGGACGUGUGUAGCAUGGGAUGGCUUACCAGAUUUCGUGAGAGCAGCCCAAGGCUUCUGCGUGGUCGGCAUCCUCACCUACGCCCUGUCUCUGAUGAUCCUCGUGGCCUACAUCACAGUGCCCACUCUCCAGGAAACAAGAGGGGUCCUUAUAGCCUUAUGUCUACUUAUAUUUUCAGCAGGCUGUAUGACGCUGAUGGCUCUUAUCGUCAUGGGAAUCAAAGGCAAAGACUUCUGUGUAGAUAUACGACGAGAUAUUACGAAGCUACUCCAUUACUUUGCAUUACGAGUUAACGCAUACGGUUCCUUCUACAUCGGUUGGUCCUUUGUUAUAGCCAUUUUAUCCUCUAUCGUCACUCUAUCUAGCUUUGCCUUCUGUAUGUUGGAAUUCAUCAGGGUCAACGACAUGCCAGUCAGACAGCACUGAGUCUCGAAGAAC